CGAGGCCUACAAAUAGUUACAUAAAUUGCAUUCGUACACUUGCUAUUUAUUGGUCCGCCAUAUACUGAUAGAAACGACUGUCUAGCUAGUAUAUAACACAACCUCUUUCUCGCGUCUCACUCAGAUAUGUGCCACUCGUUCUUUUACAUCACAGCAUGUUAGCUAGCUAGCAUUAACCUUAGCUUACCUGCUAUGUAGCCAAUGAGGCGUGAAUGAAGCUCCACAUGCUAGUGCACUACUUUUCUCUAAUGAGCUAGAUUCUAGUUGUUGCUAUGCGCGCAGAACUGGCUUUCAUGCCAAGAGAGUCGCAGCUUGACUAGUUGUCAGCUAUGUAAACCGGGAGAGAUGAAGGUUUUCAUUUGGUUUUGACAAGUGGCUGUUAUUGGAAUCAGAAAUGUUGUUUACUACCAGUCUGUCUCUGACUGUAGUAACGUGACCUUUUGCCCUAUGCAUGGGCAGUGUGUUGGCUGCCAGCUCCCCAAACCCACCCCCAGCCUCAGGGGGUGGCAGUGCCCCAGGUGGUGCAGGUCUGGUGACGGUACCCCCAGGUUUCACCAUGCCCCCGGUGUCUGCAGUCCCACCCUCCUCAGGCACACAGGGGCAGCCUGGGACAGACGGCGAGGCCUCUCUCGCCAACCCCGGCACAUUUGAAGAGUGUCAUCGGAAAUGCAAAGAGGUCUUCCCUGUGCAGAUGGAGGGGGUACGACUGGUUGUCAACAAGGGCUUGAGUAAUCACUUCCAGGUUAGUCACACAAUUACUCUAAGCACCUUGGGGGACUCUGGUUACAGAUUCGGAGCCACAUAUGUGGGCAGCAAGCAAACAGGACCUACAGAGUCUUUUCCGGUCAUGGUAGGUGACAUGGACAACACAGGCAGUCUAAACGCACAGGUCAUUCAUCAGCUUACCAGCCGCACUCGCUCUAAAGUGGCAAUGCAGACGCAGCAACACAAGUUUGUAAACUGGCAGUGUGAUGCAGAAUAUCGUGGCGAUGACUUCACAGCUGCUGUUACCCUUGGCAACCCAGAUGUUCUCGUUGGAUCUGGUAUCCUUGUGGCGCACUACCUCCAGUCCUUGUCUCCUGCUUUGGUAUUGGGUGGUGAACUGGUCUAUCACAGGAGGCCAGGAGAAGAGGGCACCGUCACAUCAUUUGUGGGCAGAUACACAGGUAGUAACUAUGUCGCCACGUUGACUGUUGGAGGAGCUGGUGCACAUGCGUCAUAUUACCACAAAGCCAAUGACCAGCUCCAGAUUGGGGUAGAGUUUGAGGCCAGCACACGGAUGCAGGACACAAGUGUGUCGUUUGGUUAUCAGUUGGAUGUACCUAAAGCAAAUCUGCUUUUUAAAGGUUCUUUAGAUAGCAACUGGGUGGUGGGAGCGACGCUGGAAAAGAAGCUGGUACCCCUUCCUCUAUCACUAGCUUUAGGCGCCUUCCUUAACCACCGUAAGAACAAGUUUCAGUGUGGCUUCGGCAUCACCAUCGGAUAGAAUGGCUGUGGCGACUCAAGAAUCUCAACAGAUACAACCCUCCACCACGCUUGGACCGGUGCAAAGAGACAUGGGGACAUGGACCAACACUGAAACUGACUCAGACUCCCAGUAUUAGUGUGUUGAACCUUCACAUGGACGGACCAGGACAAAGAGCUCGCAGGACUGUCCAGCAGAGCUCUCAUCAAUCUAAAUGUUCAGUUAUCUGAUCAACAGACAGUCACAUAAGGUUUGUUUUUAAAUGCACAUCAUGUGGAAGAAGUAUGUCUGAUAUGCAUAACAUUACUGGUGUUUUGAAAGGACAUGCGUAUCCAUAUUCACAAUAUGAUUCAUUCUGAUACAGUCAGAAAAUGUGGACAUGCCUUUGCUCUUUUUUCUUUUUGAUACAUAAUUGUUUUCAUAAGACGGUUUUCUUAAGAGCAAAAGACUUAUGCCGUCUUCAUUUUUUUGAUCAGUGAACGAAAAACACUUCUUUUGGUCUAUAUAAAUGUGGUCAGGCAAUUUGAGUGUGUUUUCUUUCUUUUUUUUUGGCUUGUUCAUGUAAAAAUUAAAAUGACUUAAUCUUGAAUAAUUCACUUAAAUAAUGAAAUGCUGUUUUUCAAAAUGAUGAAAAUUCAAUGCAUGGGAAGCUCUGGGUUUAAAUAAUGGGUUGUUUAAGUCGAUGCCUGUGUCCCUUUGUCUCAUAUAACUACUCAAUCAGAACCGUCUGAUACUUUUGAUCAUGAGGUCUUUUUCCUGUAUUUGUUUGUUAGGGUCUUAGGGCCAAAUUCGAAUGCCGGUUUCAUAUUAACCGGGCGUAAACCAAUCAGACUGUCCUUUUUAUGUGUCUCGACAUGAAAUGCGUCACUGAAUUUUCCACAUGGAAGAAUUUCCAAAGUUUGUAUUGUUUUAAUUAGUUGUUGUACGCAGUCAAAGGUUUUUGGGGCAGUCAAAGGGUUGGUGCAGACACUGUAAUAAACCUGUACAAUUUAAGCUGGUUUUAAUGCCCAUGUCUCAUGCUGAUUUCAUGUCUCUGUGACAUGGUGGAGUACUAUAAAACAGGCUUUUGGCCUGAUUCCAAUGGAUUAUUUUACAGUGCAAUUAUGUUGAAUAAACAUUUGGUUGUGAAUUGA